CGCCGGAGGCUGAGGCAGGCUCGGUGGGAGCGAGCCAGUACCGCCGCUAGAGUCCCGGCUGUCCAAGCCUCCCCUCAGAUGUUUGACCGAGGAGAAGAGCGGAGCCAGAGCCCAAGGAGCGACCGCUACAACCGGGCGGCAUUAAGUAGCCGUGGCCGUACCCCUCCCCACGCCGUGCCCGCCUCCCACCGCUUCUCUGCCCUACCCAAAAUGGCCGCGCCCGUCGCCACCACCCGCCCCGCGCUGCCCGCACGCAAAAUGGCCGCCAGCGCCUGAGGCGGGCCGCGCGCUUGUGACGCUGCGCGCGGCUAAUGGCGGGCGCGAGGGGCGGCGCGGCACGUCCGGGGCCGUGCUUCCCUCAGCGCUUCUUCUUCCUGCUGGGGCGCGUUUGAACGUGUGAGGGCCGGGCGAGUGCUCUCCUCUCUGAGAAGGCUCCUCGAUGCCAGUUUGCAAUGGGUCUUAAAACCUUCUGGAAGGACAACAAAGUUCUGAUUGUUAUGGGAGCUAGCCUGGGGCUAGUGCACUGGGGCUGGUAUUACUUGAAGUCCAGUCCUAUUUUCCAAGUGAAGACAGAGGAUUUUUCUCCAGACCGUGAAAUUCUGGCAUUCAUGAUGCAAACCGCUCGCAAAAGUAAAGAAAAAUAG